AUGCCCCCCUCGCCGCGCAGCCUCAGCCCCAUCUCCCUCUCGCCCAUUUCCGGCCUGCACCCGUACCAGCCGCUCGCGCUCGAGCUGGACGACACCCCCGCCUCGCCGAACCAGAAGCACAAGCAUCUCCACCAUCACCGCCGCUCGGCGCCGCCAGACCUCGACCCCGCGUUCCUCCUCCGCACCCCGCCCUCGCCGGCCCUCUCAAGCUCCAGCCUCAAGGGCUCGCGCAGACGCAAGCGCCACACCAUGGGUGCCGACCUUGCCGCGGUCGCCGAUCUGACCAACAAGCUCAUGGCCGUCGCCGACUCGCCGACAUCCAAGCCCCGCGGGCUCCGCUCCCCGGCGCCGCGGUCCCCGCCGCCGCGCUCACCGCCGGUCAGUCCACACCCCCAUGUUAACGAGGGCGAGCUCGCCCCGUUCCGUCCUGGGUCGCGCGCACCAAGCCGAGCAGCGUCGGUCGCGAGCUCGAGCCCGGCCGUGACUCGCCCGCGCUCGCGUCCGCCCAGUAUUGCCGGCCCGCUGACAACCCCUGGGACACCGUCCCGGCCGCCCAGUCGCGCGGCGAGUCGCGCUGGCUCGCGCACGGGGUCCAUGGGCAAGGCUGGGCUGAAGCGGCACAGUCGGACCAGAAGCCUGGCCGAGGAGAUUGCGGACGCUGAGAGCAAGCUGCCAUUCUAUGACAGCGACGACCCCGAGGAGAAGAAUCGGGAUAACUCACGCCAGCAGUACUGGGUCGAAGCGAUGCGCGACGGCCCGACGUCGCCCUCGCCGUCCAAGGUGCCCGUGGCACGGCGGUCAUCUGUCGGCUCGGCAGCGGGAUCAGCAGCAUCGGGGUCCAGCCGCGCUCCCACACGUGCUCACGUGCGUCGCGACUCGGUCGAGUACGGUGGCGGGCGCGUGUCGAGAGAGAGCGCGCGCCACUCGAGUGGCAGUCAGUCGCCGGCGCCGCCCGGCUCGCCGUCAUCGCGGAUCCCCACGCGGAUCCCGUCACUGAAACGCAACGACACCGUGCAGAGCAUCCAGAGCAUGCAAAGUUUCAAGAGUGCGAAGGGCUCGCCCAUGCACGCUCCGACGCCCACCCAUAUGCCAUCGCCUCCAUCCCGUCGCCUUUCCACCCCCGCAUCACCCAAACCCAUGGCCAAGAAGAUUGGGCCGCCGGCCCCGCUCAAGCCCACGCCGCCGCCGACCGCGGCGGCCACGACCACCCCCACGAUCAAGUCGCCCGCGCCAGCCGCUGCUGCGAAGAAGAACCCCAAGCCGAAGAAGGAGCCCAGCAAGGAGGAGAAGGUGAGAACGCCGUCAGCGUCGAUGUCGCGUUCGGUUAUCAAGGCGCUCAAGCCGAAGGGGAGCCUGCGAAAGGCGGCGCUCUCGCCGGGAGGCUCGCCAGAGCCGACGCCGGAGAAGACUGGGCGACAGCGCUCAAACUCGUCGUCUGGGACGCCGGCGUCAUCGGGGUCCAAAGGCAGCGGUGCGUUCGCGACCCUCGUGGCCGCGUCUAACGCUGCAAUGCUCGUUCCCUCCUCGACGACUUCACCAAAGAAGGUGUCCCCAGUCUCCAGUAUCGCCAGUCUCAAGAGCUUUGCCAGCUCCCUCAGCCACCGCUCCAGCAAAGGCGAGCGGAGCAGCCUCGUUGACUCGCUCUCGAGCGAGGAGAAAGGAAACGCCGCACGUGCGCCAUCAUCGCCGACGAUGGAACAGAAGGAGGCGCUCGCGCCACCUCAGGCGCACCUCGCACCGCCCGAGCCAGAUCAUGAGGGAGAUCACGACACGUCUUCCCCUGAGGGCUCGCUCACGAGGUCCAAGAGCGGGCGAAAUAUGUUCUCCCGUCUCCGCACGCUCAGCUUCACGCCCAAGCCCGCGACGAUCACCCCUAAAGCCACAAAGGGCGGUUCGCGUCCGCCGUCGGUGGUCGACGUGUUCGCACCCUCGGGUGAGAAGAAGUCUGCUUCGACGUCGUCUCGCCACGAGGAGGCCAUUGGAGAGAAUGUCGAGCCCGUCGUGGUCAUUCAGGUCGAGCCGCCGGUCGUGUUCGAACCGGUGCAGGAUGCCACAGACACGGACAACGCCGACGAUGCCCCCGAGCCAGACGCCACUGAUUUCGCCGAUCCCACCACCACACCCGCGAUCAUCCUCUCGCCCCCGCGUUCGCCCGCGUCAGAAGUCAGCAGUGCGGAAAGCGAGUUUGGCGACAGCGAUGGUGACCUUCUCCUCGACUCGGAUGAUGAGCUGCGUACCCGCCCAGGCGAGGGCCUCCUCUCUGACGCCAGCCUCGACGCUGAUGCCGACGAGAACGACCAGUCACAGUCGGGCUCCGAGUCGCCCGGCCUGACGUGGAGCACGGGCGAUUCGCUAGAAAUCGUCAAGUCUGACGGGUCCCUCGGAUCUCUGUCGUCAUCAGGGUCGGAUAACAUUAGCGGUGAAGACGUCAAGUUGGCAGAGGACGACGAAGUCAAGGUCGACCUGGACCAACCGCUCGCCACAGAUGCCCAAGCUCCCAACCCCGACACCGCUCCAGAAGUCCAGUUCCCAGUGCCAGUACCCUUCGUACCAGCCAUCGCUGUCGACGCGAUCCCCGAAGACCCAGAACCGGACGUCCUGUUCCCUGUGCCGGUGCCCUUCUCCGCCAAGGACCACAAGUCGCGCCCUCCCACCCCGGUGGUUCCCCCACUCCCCAGCCGCGACAUCGAGCCUGGCCAGUUCAGCGCCGAGCCUGAGGCGCCCGCGUCCGAAGGCGUGUGGUGGGCCGCUACCCAGCGGCCACCUACCGCUUCGCAGGUUGGGGAACCGGUGGGUUCAGAGCCUGUCACGGAGCCACAACCCACAGAUCCUGUCGAGGAAGAAGAGGUUUGCAAGGUGGACGACGAGGAGCACAGUCGCCGAGUCCGCAGUGCUGCUCCAUCGCCAGAGCCUUCACCUGAGCACUACGCAACUCCCCUCCCUAAUGGUAGACCCAACCACGCCCUCGAGGUCAAACAGGAGGUAUCGGAACCCGCAAAAGAGCCUAUACACCCGGCCCUCUCCUCUGUUACCCAACCUGUGCCCACAAGCGAGCCAGAAGACCCCGCAGUCGACCUGUACACAGCGCCACUCCCACCAAGACAACAGCUCCCCCCGGGGCAGUUUGUCGCCCUCUCCCCAUGCCUCGUCAGUGCGUUUGGCGGCACAUCCUUCUCACACAACCGUGCCGCGCCACUCGCGGGCGGGAGCAUAGCGGCGUUGAUUGGCCUCCCUGGGCUCGGGUACGCCGUUCCCCACCCCCUUGGCCUGCUGCUCUCCGCCUGCGACAGGUGUAGGGGUGGCAACGAACUUCUUGGCUCGUCAGAGUGGUGCGGCUGUGCCCAGCCGCGCCUCGGCAGAGACCUUGCCCCGCGUGUCGUCGCUGGCUACCAUGUGCCAUUGCACCCCGGUCUCCAGCAGGGGCUGGCGACGGCAUCGAGUCUGUUAACCGGCGAAUACGAUGACCAGGAAGAUGUGGAGGAGAUGGACGUGGACGACGAGGAAGAGGGAGAUGAUGACGACGAUGACGACGUCGAGGAAGAGUAGGACGAGCAAACGACAUCAU